CGAACAUGGCGGCGUCCGCGCCCGGCCUGGGCGGCGCUGCGGGCCCGGGCCCCGAGGCCGGGGACUUCUUGGCGCGGUACCGCCAGGUGUCGAGCAAGCUGAAGAAGCGGUUCCUGCGGAAGCCCAACGUGGCGGAGGCGGGCGAGCAGUUCGGGCAGCUGGGCCGGGAGCUGCGCGCCCAGGAGUGCCUGCCCUACGCGGCCUGGUGCCAGCUGGCGGUGGCGCGCUGCCAGCAGGCGCUCUUCCACGGGCCUGGGGAGGCGCUGGCGCUCACCGAGGCCGCCCGCCUCUUCCUGCGGCAGGAGCGCGACGCGCGCCAGCGACUCGCCUGCCCGGCGGCCUACGGGGAGCCGCUGCAGGCCGCCGCCAACGCCCUGGGCGCCGCCGUGCGCCUGCACCUCGAGCUGGGCCAGCCGGCCGCCGCCGCCGCCCUCUGCCUGGAGCUGGCCGCCGCCCUGCGCGACCUGGGCCAGCCGGCCGCCGCCGCCGGCCACUUCCAGCGCGCCGCCCACCUGCAGCUCCCGCAGCUGCCCCUGGCCGCGCUGCAGGCGCUUGGCGACGCCGCCUCCUGCCAGCUGCUGGCGCGCGACUACAACGGCGCCCUGGCGGUCUUCACGCGCAUGCAGCGCCUGGCGCGGGAGCACGGCAGCCACCCGGUGCCACCGCCGCCGCCGCCGCCGCCCCCGCCGCCGCCUCCGGGGCCACAGGUCGGGCCCGGCGCGGCCCCGGCCCUGCCCGCCGCGCUGCUCCCUGCGAACGGCGGCCCUGCGCCCGCGCCCUCUCCCGCCACGCUGGGCGCCUUCUCCGACGUGCUGGUCCGCUGCGAGGUGUCCCGCGUGCUGCUGCUGCUGCUGCUGCAACCGCCGCCCGCCAAGCUCCUGCCGGAGCACGCCCACACUCUGGAGAAGUACUCCUGGGAGGCUUUCGACGGCCACGGGCAGGAGAGCGGCGGCCAGCUUCCUGACGAGCUGUUCCUGCUGCUGCAGUCCUUGGUCAUGGCCACCCACGAAAAGGACACGGAAGCCGUCAAGUCGCUGCAAGUGGAGAUGUGGCCACUGUUGAGUGCCGAGCAGAACCACCUCCUUCACCUGGUUCUGCAGGAAACCGUCUCCCCCUCGGGACAGGGCAUCUGAGGACUCACGUGAACGAAGGCACUCGUUGCUUGCUACCAAACGUCGUGCGUCUCCCUUGGCGUUUCGGGGGGGAAAUACAAGUCGUGGAUGCCGGCAAAGUUCUACCUUGGUUUCUCGUACUCCUCUGGCCACUGUAGCAAUAUAGUUCACUGGGAGGUACCUGUGUCCCAAAGACUGACUUCCAUAACGGAGGGAGGGAAAAACAACCAGGACAACGUGAUAGAAUCAGAGUGGAAGACAGGGCUCUCUUCCCCAAGGCUGCAACAUAAGAAUGAGAACCCUCUUGCGGCGCCUGGGGUGGCUCAGUCCGGGGUCUGAUUUCAGCUCAGGUCAUGAUCUCGCUGUUAGUGAGUCCGAGACCUCC